AUGAGAAAGUUCGAUCCAUGGCCAGUUUUCUUCAGGCGAGAAUGGAAAAAGAACUGGCCGUUCGUAGUUGGAUUCGCAAUCACCGGAACCAUAAUCACCAAGUUCUCUCUCGGUCUUACUGAGGAAGACGCUAAGAAUUCGAAAUUCGUUCAGCAUCACAAGAGGUAA